UACGAUACCUCCAUGGAUCAUCUAUGUUUCACGCUGUUUCGUGGUCCGAAACGGAUCAGGAUGAAAGCUGAGGACAUGACCGUGGACAAAAUCUCAAGGAUUUUUCAGGUUGCUCCGGAGUCUGUUUACUUAACAGAUGAUGUCAAUGAAGCCAUAUUUCCCCUAGUCUCUGGGGAAAUCCCAGGCACCUCCCUGAUUGCAUUGGGGCACUACGAGGUGCAAGGCCUGGAGAGGGCGAGCUCCAACAGCACACCUCUCGGCCCUACUCCUUCCUUCUCCUUCUCCCCCUCCUCUUCCUCUUCACCUACCCCUUUCUCCUUCUCUGCCUCUACCUCUGCCUCUGGCCCAAGGACCCUGCCACCACCAAGGGCGGGCCAUUUUGGCAGCAGGAGUUUCCAGCGGUCCAUCAACGUGGGGGAAAUUUCAGGGAGUCGGCUUGUGACGUCCAAGACCUUGGUGGUCCGCUUCAGUGAGGGUGAGGCGAAUGUCAGUGAUAUGACCGCCAAGGUCAAGGACGCCAUGGGCCGCUCCCUGGAAGAGGGACCCAUUGUCCUGACGGACAGCCAGGGCAAUGCCCUUCAAGAUACGGAAGGCACAAGAACAUCCCAGUACUGGCGGCAAAACAGCCGACAAAUUUUCGCCCUGACGGAGGAGGAGAUGGAGGACCUGCAGGACGCCAGGAGGGCCAAAGUUAGUAGGAGAGAGGAUCCCCAUGGGGCACUGUUGGGAAGAGCGGAGGAGGUGAAGGUGGCAGGAGAAGGCCUGGAAAAUAUCGCAAAGGCGAUGAGGCACCUAUCCGAGGUGGCCAGCGCGCACCUCCAGAGGCCCAGCUUGCAGCCCGCCAAGGAGGCCAUGACAUGCCUCGUUUGCAAAGCAAUCUUCGUGGAGCCACAGUUUGCGGCAUGUUGUGGGUCCUUGGUGGGCUGCAAGUUGUGCGUGGAGACGUGGUGUGCCAACUCGGAUACGUGCCUCAAAUGCCGGGCCGAGGGGUUUGCGGCAAACCUCUAUGCCGUUCGAGGGUUGGCUGCAGCGGCGGAUUUUUUCAGUGAAUUUGAGGUGCCAGAGUGA